CGUUGGAUCCUGUUCAUGUUUACUGUUUACGUGCGCGUUGAAUUUUUCAGCACUCUUUGUCUGUCUUUCGGUAUUUAUACGCUAGUUAUCGCAAUGAUUUUGAUGUUACAAAAUUUACUGUUGUUAUUAACGAUCGGAGUUUGAAAAUUCCUCUCCUUCACAGUAGUGGCUACGUCGUAUGCCCAUUGUUCAUAAGUAGCUGAAGCUGAGACUCACUCAACCUGCUCCGUUCCGGAUAAAAUUCCUCAUUUCGGUCUCCUGAAAAACGGAGCAUGACUUACAAGAGAGCCGAGUGCCUGAUAUUCGUGCCCAAGCCGGAAGUCUGCAAGAGUUCUGAAAGCCUCGAACUCUCGCGCAGGACCAGAGCGACACGGAGCCCCGCUCAGAAAGGAAAGAGCGUCAAGGGGUACGUUCUCCUGUCCUCAGAGUUCAUCGAACAGCACCCGAAGUUGGUUCAACUCCUCGACAAGAACCGUCUCCUCAUCGUGCAAAAUCGCGAUGUGCCACGUCUCCCCGCCACUGACGAGGAGAUGGACUUCGUCUCCGAGAUCUUCCUCGACGAUAGCCCAUCGGCCAGAGUGUACCCACUCUCCGUAACCACGGACCAUGAGCAUACUAGGUUCGUCCGCAGCUUGAUCUGUUACACUACCGUCAGAUUAUCGCGCGAGGUCUGGAAGGCAAGCGAUAUGCGCCCUGCCGUCGACGAUUCCAACCGCGAAGCCUUUCGUCGCCUCGUUUCUCGCAGCUUCCCGUUGGGAUGUGAUGACACCGGUAGCAUUCUACACCUGGCUACGUGGAGAGGGCAGGAGGUCCUAUUUCGGACGAUACUGGAGAAUGGAGAAUGCGAGAUCAACGGUCCAUCGGAACUAGAUAGAACAGCAUUACACCUGGCCGCCAUCAACGGUUCUACAUCUCUUGUGAAGGCGCUUCUCGAGAAGGGCGCUGAAGUAAAUGUGUAUGACCUUGGCGGUGCCUCCCCGCUUCAUUAUGCGUGCCGUCACAGUGCCAAACUUGUGCAGCUCCUUCUGGACGAAGGAGCCGAAGUCAACGACGAAUCACGAGACAAGUCACAAGACGUGGAGUGCCGCGAGACGCCUUUGAUGAUCGCUGCGAGGAAUGGAAAGCCGGAAAUGGUUCAGAUGUUGCUGAAGAGAGGAGCCGCGGUCCACAUUAGGAAUAGAAGUGGGGAGACUGCUUUGCUUUGUACAAAAGACGUCAAGGUUCAAGAGCUUCUGUUGCAAAGCGGUGCCGAUCCCAAUAGUGCUGAUAUAGGGUCAAUCUCCGAAGCAUUCUGGUAUGGUAGCUCAGAGUCGAAUCAAAUAUUGCUCGACUACGGUGCCCAAGUUGACCUCCGUAGAUUAAUAAAAUGGUCUUAUGGCCAGGACAACGAAAAAAUUCAGCUCGUCCUAGAGUAUCGCUUCAUUGAUCCUCAGCUGCUAACGAGUCAGUUAGGCCGCAUUGUUUCAAGAUAUCGUCUGUGGCAGAUCCCUACCUGCAUCGGAGAGCACGUGGUGAAAGUUAUGGCCUUGCACGGCCUCACUGACCUGAGGAAUGUCGAUGUUGAAGAGUAUUGGGAUGAGGAUAUAAGCCGCAUUGCGAAGUUCAGGCAGAAUUGCGACGCGGAGGUCGCUUCGAUGAAGAAACACAAGUUCAGCGGUACCGACUUGUCAAUGCGUGACGCGCUAGCGCGGAGUGAUUACCACCUGUACCGGCUCUUGGAGAACCCGACUGUGACCCGAGCAAUCGGCCCUGCCCUCAUCACCAAGCAGUACCCUAUAUAUGGGAGCAUUUUGAAUCAUCACUUUCGGAAAGGGAAACACCGGAGAUGGUUGCAUAGAGAGGGCGUCAAAAGCCUGAAGCUCCUGUCGCGGGGAUUCAACCGACUGCCGGACGAAAUCGUAGAGGAGAUCGUCGGUUGCUUAAGCACGGUGGAUAUUUUGAAACUCAGACGUGCCAGUGCGGGUCAGCCCUAAUAAGAAAAUCAUCAUCCACCGCUACUUCUUUUCAACUUAGAGAGUUUUUAUGUCAUAGAGUACAUGGAUGCGUAAUAUAAAUAGGAGAGCCGGCGGCAUGUUCUGCUCGACGAGUUCCGAGCCCGGUGUGCGCCGAGCUUCGGUCACUUUUUCGAUACAUAUUCGAUCAAAAAUGGAGGUGUCGAAUACGCGGUAAUUCCUCCCUUUCUUGUAUACAUCGGAUGGCCGGGUACCGAUGUAUCGAAAUCAAUCAAUUAUGCAUCGAAAUCAAUCGAUUACGUAUCGAAAUCAAUCGAUUACGUAUCGAAAUCAAUCUAUUAUGAAUCGAAAUCAAUCGAUUAUGUAUCGAAAUCAAUCGAUUAUGUAUCGAAAUCAAUCGAUUAUGUAUCGAAAUUAAUCGAUUAUGUAUCGAAUUCAAUCGAUUAUGUGUCGAAAAAGUGACCCGGAGUCACAUAGGAUUCUUGGAAUUCGGAACCCGGAAAAUGCUUGAAAGUGGCGCCAGCUCUCCCUCUUACAUUACGACUCCGUGUACUCUAUGAUUUAUGUUGAUAAGUUAGGAGGAAGCUCGGGCGCUUGUUGACUUUUUGAGAAGGACUGAAAUCGAUCGGAAUGAUAUUUCUCGUCCCUUUUUUGAGGUAAUCAAAGUAUUCCAUGAGUCGCCCUGUCCUUGAGUAAGACUUCAUAGAUGUAUGUAUUUCGUGUUGAGUUCAAAAAUUGUCUAGGAAAAUUAUAUUACCUUUUCUUCGAUGAUUGUGUUCUAUACUAACUUUCAAUGAUUAUUUUUCCUGAGCUUAAGUCUCACUAUUUCGUUACAGGAUCGUACAUAUCGCCAACCUUAAAAGGUUGACUAUCCUACUACUUUCAACGAGUGUCAGUCACUGAGUUUUCUGUAAGUAGUUAAGCACUGGAGACUCUUUUUCAUGUUUAAAUGUAUAUAAAUAUGUUUAUAUAGUUUGUAUGUAUGAAAGUAACUAUACCUAUCUUUUUUAUGCCUUGUGCCUCCUAGAUAUGAGAGCAUUUUAAAACUUCUUCAACGAGACAACAGAAUCAUCAUUGGCUUGUAGUUAAUAUAUGAAUUCUAAACUUCAAACUUACACAUUCCGUGAUUCAUUUACGAAAGGACAACAUUCUCCAAAAUUUAAAUUCGUAUAUACUUUGGUCAGUGCAAAAUAUCGUUUCACUCUAUGUACAACAUAAUGCAUGAUUUUCAUAAAAUAUUCCAAAAAAAUUCCUUUAUUCAAUUUUAUACUGAUUUUCCUUAUGGAGAAACCAUUAUAUCAUGCAUUAUUCAGGAGAAUAGGUGAAGCCUCCUCGUCAUCGAUUUCUCUAGGACUGUUGUAAAGUCACUUUUUGUGAAAGAGAUAGCCUCAUUAAAUAAAUUGCUUUUCAUGAAUUCUCCGCUCAAUUUUAACCUUUUUACAAUUACGUGUGAAAUAGAAUAAAAUUGCUCUGAAAAAAAACGGACUUUUUUUCGCAGGCAUUUUUUCCUAUAGUACCAACAGAUGUCCACUAUUUUCAUUUUAUACUGUAUACUUUUGUUGUCUUCUCAAGAUUCCUUUGUACACUUCUUCGAUUUCCGGACUCAGUUUCAGGGUUUUGAAGUACUCUUAAAAUCUUCAAAAUAUUUCUUCUCAUUCAAACGUGUAUUUCAUAGUUUGGUAUUUCUGUUAGUCAUUUAAUAAAGUUUUCAUUUCAAAUUCAAAA